AUGCAGCUGCGGCGGCUUCCGCGCGUGACCCUUACGUCCCAGCAGCUCCGUGAGUGGUACGCUCAGCGUGGGGCGUCUCGGAGUACUGCUCGCUGCCCGUACGUCAUUCGCACAGGUGCUCGGACAGGUCAGACUUGCGGGACACAUGGCCAUACACAGUCCCGCUGCUUUGUCUAUCUGAGCGACUCCUGGCGCACAGAGUUUGGCGACGAGGCUGAGCUCCCCCGCUGGCUAGAGCUGCUUCGGGCCAGAGUGGAUAUAUUUGCUCUAGACUAUGACCCUAUCCUUACGGCCAUGUAUGCUUUGACUGUUGGUACUGAGGGUGACUGUUACCUGUGUGUGCCGCCCGACCCAGGUAUAGAGGCUGUUGCUCUAGGUGCUAGUGAGUCUGCUCUCUCUGGUACUGCGCCUGCUGAGGCCUUGCACACCUUCAAGCUUGAUUCAGUUCUUGCACGUUCCUCCACUGUUCUCCCGUGUCGGGCGGUUCUCUCUGGCUCAUUGUCAGGUCUCCACCUCCCCUCGUUCUCGACGAACUUGGUGAGUAACGCGGUCCUUCAGGAUGCAGGGGUUGAUACCUUUACCCCUGGAGGCCAGCGUGUGGCGAUCUGCACGUGCUCUCGGACUGGCCGCCACCUGGCCACGUUCACCCGUCGGCCUGGGUCGAGUCUGUACACACUGACUACUGCGCCUCCUCCAGUUGCUGCGUCUGCUCAGGUGUCUGCGUCACGUCAGGUAGCUGCCUCUUGCUCGUGUCGCCUCCUGUCGCACCAGACUCUCCUCUGGCACCACCGUCUUGGUCACCCCUCCCUGCCACGCCUCCGUGGCAUGCACUCCCGCCUUCUUACCUCUGGUAUUCCCCGGUCUCUCCUCCCUCCCCUCCCACCCUCGCCUGCCCCGCCCUGCAUUCCUUGCGUUGAGGGGCGGCAGCGCGCCGCUCCUCACUCCUCCUCGUUUCCCCCGAAGACUACUCCCCUGCAGACUCUCCACAUGGACGUGUGGGGCCCAGCCCGCAUCCAGGGACAGGGCCGCGAGCGAUACUUUCUGCUGGUUGUUGACGACGUCUCGUGUUACACCACGGUCUUCCCCUUGCGCAGCAAGGGGGAGGUCCCUGAUGUUUUGAUCCCUUGGAUCCGCGCUGUCCGUCUCCAGCUCCGCGAGCGGUUCCGCACGGACCUUCCCGUCCUACGUCUGCACUCUGACAGAGGUGGUGAGUUUUCCUCCGACCUCUUGCGGGACUUUUGUCAUGGGGAGGGCAUCCUUCAGCCGUUCAUGCUUUCGGCCUCCCUAAAGCAGAAUAAGAUUGGAGAGCGCCGCAUUGGCUUAGUCAUGGAUGUCGCUCGUACCUCCAUGAUCCAUGCGGCUGCUCCCCAUUUUCUGUGGCCGUUUGCGGUCCGGUACGCUGCGAAUCAGCUCAACCUCUGGCCCCGUGUCUCCUUGCCAGAGACUUCGCCUACCCUGCUUUGGACGGGGGAGGUUGGCGAUGCGUCGGUGUUCCGGGUCUGGGGUUCUCGUGCCUUUGUCCACAAUACCUCCUUGGACAAGCUCUCCUCCCGCACCAUUCCCUGUGUCUUCCUUGGCUUCCCUCCUGACGCGCAUGGCUGGCAGUUUUACCACCCCACCUCGCGCCGUGUCUUCCCCUCUCAAGACGUCACGUUUGACGAGUCGGUUCCCUUUUACGGACUCUUCCCCUACCGCACUGCCCAGCUCCCCCCCCUCGCCGCUCUUCCUUGCUCCAGGUCCCCCUCCGGUAGACCCCCUCCCCCCUCAGGGUCCUGCUCCUUCAGCCUGUGGGUGUGGAGCCUGGGGGUGUUGAGGCUGAGCGUGCGGAGCCUGGGGUUGCUAUGCCUGAGCGUGCGGAGCCUGGGGGUGCUGAGCCUAGGGGUGCUGAGCCUGGGGGUGCUGAGCCGGGUGGUGCUGCUUCUACUGGUGGUCUUCCGGGAGCCUCGCCGCAGCGGUCUCCCCAGCGUGAGCCCCUCUCACCACAGCAGCUACGCGAGUGGCUUGCCCGGCGCACUCGCCUUCGGAGUCGCACUGAAGUUGGAGGUGCUGGAGCUGGAGGCACUGGAGCUGGAGGCGCUGGAGCUAGAGGCGCUGGAGCUGGAGGCACUGACGCUGGAGCUAUUGGAGUUGGAGACGCUGGAGUUGGAGGUCCUGACGCUGGAGGCACUUGAGCUCGAGGCCCUGCCACUGGAGCUACUAGAGCUGGAGGUGCUGGCGCUGGAGGCGCUGGAGCUGGAGGCCCUGUGCAGCAGCGUAAGCCCCUCUCACCACAGCAGCUGCACGAGUGGCUUGCCCGACGCACCCGCCUUUGGAGUCGCGCAGGAGCUGGAGGCACUGGAGCUGGAGGUGCUGGAGCUGGAGGCCCUGGAGCUGGAGGUACUGGAGCUGGAGGUGCUGGAGCUGGAGGUGCUGGAGCUGGAGGUGCUGGAGCUGGAGGUACUGGAGCUGGAGGUGCUGGAGCUGGAGGUGCUGGAGCUGGAGGUGCUGGAGCUGGAGGCCCUGGAGCUGGAGGUACUGUAG